UUCAUCGGUGAAUAGUGAUUAGACAGACACAGUACAAAAUAAAAUAGUGACAUGCAGUUAUUGAGUUAAUGAAAUCAAUGUCUAGGUUGGCAGGCAGUCUAGAGUAACUCUAGUGCUUUACUUCUAUUCUCGUGGUGGAAGCUUUAAAAGCUGGCCUCAACAUUAUCAUGCUUUAUUCUAAAACGAAGUAUUCAUUGCUGCUUUACCCAGAACUUAAGGAACGUUAAAUGGUGUAUAGCCAGUGUAUACAGAGAAACCAAUCCAAAGCUAAUUUGUCAAGAUUAUUGUCUGUGUAAUACACCCCUUAACAAAGUUUUAAAGCCAAAAUUUGUUGGAAAAUUACAUGUUGAAAAAACCCACAACAUUAUCUUCCGAUCAUAUAAGUCUCUAACAUCAAAUAAUGUAUGUGUAAUUCCUGUUACAAAGAACAUAAAAAGCUUUUGUUCCAUUUCUGACGAAUUUGAUGAAACGAUGGCUGAAAACAAAUUUGUUGUUGGCUAUGCAAAGCUUGGCACAUCAAGCUGUAAAAAGUGCAAAACAAAAAUCGACAAAGGAGCUCUGCGGCUUGGGAAAGUGACACCUAACCCCUUCUCUGAUGAUGGUGGGGAAAUGAAACAAUGGUUUCAUCCAUCCUGUUUAUUUGAAACGUUCGUGAGGGCCAGAGCAACCACCAAAAAAAUAGAAGACCCGGAGGACGCAGAAGGCUUUGGGGAUCUAGAACAGGAAGAUAAAGAGGUUAUAAAGAAACUUAUAGAAGACUACCAAGCUAAAUCUGGCAACAAAACUCCCUCCAAACCCAAGAAGACACCAGAGAACAAAAAACCUGUGACAACACCAACACAAAGUGAGAAGAAAAAGCAGUCAACUCUUCAUUUCGAUACAGGCAGCAAGCAGUCACCUGGGGUACCAUCUACAUCAAAACCACAUUCAGACAUUGCAACUACAUCAAAGACAUCCACUGAAGAUGAUGAAAAAUCUGAAAAGGACAAUUCAUUCCGUGAAUUCCGCAGACUGUGUGCUGAAAUCGCUGAAGAAAACAGUUAUCUAGGGAAGACAAAUCUUGUACAGAAGUACAUUACAAAAGGAAGCAGUGGAGAUGGUUUCCAUGGAGAUCUUUACCUUCUGAUUAAACACCUUCUCCCUGGAGUGGUGAAGACUGUUUAUAAUCUAAAUAACAAGCAGCUUGUGAAGCUCUUCAGCCAAAUUUUUGGAACAAGUUUACAGAAGAUGGUUGAAGAUUUGGACCAGGGCGAUGUAGCAGAAACUGUAAGAAUAUUUUUUGAGGAAAGUAAGAUUAUAACUCCUCAGAAGAAGAGCACACUGAGUCUACAGGAAGUAGAUAAAUAUUUGGAAGAACUCUCCAAAUUAACAAGAGAAGAAGAGCAGCAAAGACUAUUAACCAAAAUAACAAAGAGAUGUACAGCAAAUGAUCUCAAGAUGUUUAUCCGAUUGAUCAAACAUGAUCUGAGAAUCAAUUCUGGAGCCAAACACAUCCUUGACGCUGUUGACCCAAACGCCUACGCAGCUUUCCAAGCCUCUCGAAACCUGCAAGACGUCAUUGACAGAAUUCUAGAGAACAAACUUGGUGCAGGCGGAUCAAAGCCUGGUUUAAGCAGCAAGCUGAGCAUCAGGGCAGCUUUAAUGACACCUGUUCUACCUAUGCUGGCUGAGGCAUGCAGAUCUGUUGAACAAGCCAUGAAAAAGUGUCCAAAUGGGUUCUAUGCCGAAAUUAAGUAUGACGGAGAGCGUGUACAAGUACACAAACAGGGCCAUGAGUUCAAGUACUACAGCCGAUCACUUAAACCUGUUGUAAAUCACAAGGUGCAACAUUUUAAAGAUUAUAUCCCAGCUGCUUUUCCAACUGGCAGUGAUCUGAUUCUGGAUGCUGAAGUUCUAUUGGUUGACAACAAAACAGGAAAUCCUUUACCCUUUGGAACUCUGGGUGUCCACAAGAAAGAAGCUUUUAAAGAUGCAACUGUUUGUCUGUUUGUGUUUGAUUGUCUCCUGAUUAACAAUGAAAACUUAAUGGAAAAGCCUAUAAAAGAAAGAAGAAAAAUACUGGAAAAGAAUAUGACAACAGUAAAAAAUCAUAUACACCUGUCAGAGAUUAAACUAAUCAAGAAGCCAUCAGAUCUACAGGAGUUGAUGGGCCGAGUGUUUCGUGAAGGCUUAGAGGGACUUGUACUAAAAGAUGUCAAUAGUUUGUACGAGCCAGGGAAGCGACACUGGCUAAAGGUCAAGAAAGAUUAUUUGCAUGAAGGGAAAAUGGCUGACUCAGCAGAUCUGGUGGUACUGGGUGCUUAUUAUGGUACAGGAAAUAAAGGUGGUAUGAUGUCAGUGUUUCUGUUGGGUGUCCUUGACCCUAGAGAAAACAGGUGGGUGACUGUGACCAAGUGUGGGAGUGGCUUUGACGACAAGAUGCUAGAGACCUUGAACAAAGAUUUAGAUAUGGUGAAAAUUAGUAAAGAUUUCUCUCAGGUCCCAAAGUGGCUGAACAUCAAAAAGCCCCUGACCCCAGACUUUGUGGUGGCUGACCCAAAGAAAGCCCCAGUGUGGGAAGUCAUAGGAGCGGAGUUCAGCCAGGCUGAGAUCCACACAGCGGAUGGCAUUUCCAUCCGCUUUCCCAGAGUUCAGAAGUUUCGGGAUGACAAAACAUGGAAGGAGGCCACGGAUUUACCUAGGUUAAAGAAACUUUUCCAAGAAUCCAAAGAAAAAAGUGACUUAAAUAUGCAAAGAGCUUUAGGAAAAGAUAAGGGUGAUGAUGAUGAUGAUGGGGAAGGGAGUGAUGAUAAUGGUGAUGGUGGUGUGGAUGUGGACAAUGAUACACUACCAAUAGAUGAUAGCCCCAGUCCUGUUAAAGAGAGUUCUGCUGUUAAAAAUGUCAAAAAACGUCCUCCUGAAAAAGAUGCUGAUGAUGAAAUACUGAAGAAAAAGAAAAAGCCUGAAGAGAAAAAUGGCACAAAGAAACUGGAGGGUUCUGACUCGGCUAAAUCUGUCUCUAGUGGCACAAGCAAAAAAUCUGACUUGCCUAAUGUGUUUGCUGGGUGUAAAAUUGUUCUGCUGCCUUCUGUGCCCAAACACAAAGAGCUCCAGCGCUACAUCCUGGCCUUCGAUGGUGACCUGGUCCAUGAGAUGGACGCGGCCACAGCCACCCAUGUUGUCCUCCCCUCCACGGACAAGGCUCCUGAUUGUGCCAGCAAGGUGACCAAGGUCAGCCCAGACUGGUUGUGGGCCUGCAUCAGGAAGAAAAAGUUGGUGCCAGUAGAAGGGUUUCUACUCUAGGAGGGGGG